AAUUAAUUUAAGUGAAUUUUUUUGCUCAAAGUAUUUAAUAAAAUUAAUUAGGCACUUAGUUUAAAAUUGAUAUUAAAUGUUUUCUAGUAAUGAAUUAUUAAAAGUGAGUGAAAAAUAUAACCAAUAGGUGCUAAAAUUGAGUGUUCAUUCAGCGUUCAGCGCAGCGCAUUGGAUUUUUGAAAGAGAACUUUUUGGAUUUUUUGAAAUGCAAAUCUAUGUAUAGUUAUGUAUAUACUUGUAUAUGAAGUUUACACAUAUCAAUAAAUACAUCUACAAAUUCCUUGGUAAAGACUGAAAUGUAUCUUAACAAAAAAGAAGAUAGUUCAUCACUUAAAUAUGAUGUUGAUUUUUUGGAGACACUUGUCUACGAAUGGAUAAGGCGUUCAAUACAUUUUAAACACUUUCGUUUGUCAAAUGCAAUUCUAACAUCAACUGCCCUUAAAUUUAAAUCUAUUUUGAAUUUGCAAUCAUUUUCUGCAUCUAAAGAAUGGUUGGAGAAAUUUCGCGAAACCUAUGAUUUAAAAGAUGCACAUACAAGGCAACAAAGUAUUGAAGGUUAUAAAUUCAACAAAUCAAUACUUCCAAUGGAUAUUUUUAAUGACUUACAACCCAAAUGGGCAUCUCUUGAUCCAAAACUAUGUUUGGAUAAGGAUCGAGUGCAGAAUUCAAUUGCGAAUGAAAAUGGCGUUAAAGUUUAUGACAUUGAGGAAGAGUUCGGUGAUGUGGAAAUAAUAGAUGUUAAUCAGAUAAAAAAAGAUUGUAAAAAAGAUCUUUGCACAAAAGAGGAGGAAACAAGAAAAGAAGAAUGUAUAGAAGAUAUUCAGGCAAAAGAAAACUCUUCUAUGUACGAUGAAAACAAUACAGAUUUUCUUGAUAUUGAAGAUGAGCUUCCGGUGUGUACUAUCUUUGGUCGAAAAACUGUACAGAAUGUAGCCAAUAUAAUAUCAUCCAAUCAAAAUUCUAAAGAGGAAACAUUUCAACCAAUGAUUGUAUGUACCGAUCCUAAAAACCCGAGUCUGAAUGUGAUACAUAAGGGCACAACGACAUUGCAGGACCAAACCCAACUUAAAUCUCCAAAUAUACCUGAAGUAGAAAAAAUUAAGGAUUUAAUAAGUGGAAAAACAAUAGAAAACGACUCGAAUUCUUUAAAUCAAACUGAGUAUAUAGACCAAUAUUUAAGAGAAAUUGUUAGUGUUCCAGAAAAUGAUAAAAUCAUUUACAAAGCACCUUCAAAUCAACCUGCACCAGAAACAAUUAACGAUAAACCAAUUUUUAAACCAAUUUCCAUGUUUAAAAUAAGAAACAAAAAAGUAAAACCAAAGCAAAUGUUUGAGUUGCCUUCAAAUUCUUCACCUGGAUCAAUUGACAACCCAAUUUCUAUGAAUUUAGCCAUACACGAGUAUGAGCAACUAACAAAACUGAAUCGUAAGCGUAAAGUUAAAGAGAAUUCAGUUGAAUUACCAGAAACAAUUAGUGAUGAUGACAAAAACCAACCUGUUGAUCAGAAACCAUCUCCCUCAGCAAUAAAACAACCAACUAUGGAUGUAAACCAUCCGCUAGUAGACUUUAAAACAAGCCUACAAACAUCAGAAAUUACAAAUCAAAUGCCCACAAUCAUCCAGACAUGGAAUCCAAUAUUUCCAGUAAAUAUAAUAACAUCUAAUCAUCUUCAAGAAACAUCAACUUCACAAUCCCAAACAUCAGUAAUUGGCCCAGGUGGAAUAAUUUAUACCUUCCAAAUGGCAGCACCAAAUCAAAAUCAACUCACUAUGCCGUAUAUUACACCAAUAACAACAAAUAUGCAAACAUCACAAUUCGGACAACCAACAACGUUGUCACCACUUUUAUUGCAAUUUAAUUCACCAAUUAUAAGUUCAGAUUUAAUAAAUUUAACCCAAAGUCCAACAAUACCAUCACAAACUUUCAUACCAUCCAUUGAUUUAACACAACAGCCAACUCAAUUGACAAAUCUUAUGCAAGAUCAAUUCGUGCCAAAUAAUCAAUCGAUAAAAACGACCGAUCAACAAAUUUCCACAUUAUCUCAAACCCAAUCAACUUUAGCAACAUCAACAAUGUUAACAUCAACACUGCAAUCGGCAACUUCUAACUCCUCUUUGACGUCAACUAUAAUACCAACAAAAGGUGUUUUAAACAAUUUACCAACUAAGUCUAAAUCGUUAAGUAUAAAACGCAUUCAAGUACCGGCAAUCACUAAAACACAAACAGUUACAUCAACAAUUUCAUCAUUACCUACAGUUUCAAUACCGACAGUUGAAUCAAUUCCAUCAGCAGUUCAACAUCCAGCUAUGAGUCAUUUACCGACAAAAUCCAUAACGUGUCCAUCAAAUUUUGCGUCAACUACAUUUAUGCCAAAAACCUCCAAUCCCAUUCAACUACCACUAUCCACAAUGUCUAUAGCAGCUUUAAAUUCAGUUCCUGCAAAACCCACAGAAACCUCAACGAAUAUUUUGCCAGUAAAAUUGCGUUCAACAACUAUAACACGUAUUCAAGUACCUGCAUCUACAAAACCACCAACAAUUACAACAUCAUCAAUUUCAAAAUCAUCUCUCACAGAAGCCACAGGAACGGGAUGUUUGAAUUUUACUCCUGUGAAAAUUACACCAACGAUUUCACAAAGCACUCAAGUACCAAUAUCUUCAAAACUAACACCAACACCGCGCAUUCAAACACCGGCAGCUUCAACAUCACCACGCAUUCAAACACCACCGGUACUUUCAACAUCAACAGCAAAACCAUCAAUAAAUUCAGUCCAAAAAACUCCCACACAUGUCUCAAAUUUAACUCAAAUUUCAAAACCAACAACCCAAAUGCAAGUUACUAUCACAAAGCAAUUAAAACCUCAAAUCUCAGAUGCGGCUAGUGCCACUGCUAAAAAAGGAACUAAAUUUGCUCGGAGGGCACCUCUCAAAAAUCAGGAAGAAGUCUCUAAGUGUAUAAAACUGAUAGAAGAUUUUGCAAUGAUGAAUGAAAAUUUUCGAUUGAUAGGAUUUUUGGAAAGGCUUGAAAAGCAUAUUUCUAAUAAUAAAUAAAUAAACAAAACUUUAAUAUUUUGUUAAGUUAGCUAAGUAAAUAAAUUAUAUAUUAUAUUGAAAUUGA